AUGAGGCAGUACAUAGAGCAACAUGUCAUGAAAGACUCCAAAUUUCAUGAGAAGCAAAGAUCGCCGGAAGGAGCAGCGACAAAGGAGAAAUACGUUUUGCUUUACGAACUUAGCAAAGUGAUCAGUGAUCAAGAUCGUCUCCGCGACGAAGUCCUGACUAUCCUAUUAGCCGGACGAGAUACCACUGGGAGUCUACUUUGUAUUUUGUUCUUCGCGCUUACUAGGCGAAGUCAUAUCUGGCUACAAUUCCGAUCUGAGGUAGCCUACCUCAAAGGCGAACAGCCUACAGUCCGGAAUCUGCAGCAGAUGCAAUACAUCAAAUAUGUCCUGAACGAAAUCAAGCGACCAGCAACUCGCUCCGCCUUUACCCACUUUAAAACACACGCCCGCGCAGCCCUCAAAGACACUACUCUCCCUCUUGGAGGCGGCCCCGAAGGUCGAGACCCUGUCUUCGUCCCGGAAGGUACUCAAGUAGAAUUCCAUGCUUCUCAACUCCACCGCCGUCAAAACCUUUGGGGCAGAGAUGCAGAUGAAUUCCUCCAGAGCGAUGGGAGAGCCACGCAAGUGUUUGGGUACGGCAGGAUAAGAUUCCUGGCCUUCAGUGGCGGACCGAGGCAGUACAUUGGUCAGCAAUUCGGCUUCACCGUAGCGCUGUGCACCACAGUACACAUUGUGCAGGCGUUUGAAACAUUGGAGAGUAGGAAGUCCGAGCCUUGGACCGAGAACCUUGGUGUCGUGUGCUUCCCUGCGAACGGUGUCAAGGUCUCGAUGAAGUCAGACCGUCAAAUUGAGAUGAUGUAA